AUGAAGAUUAAGAAAAUGCCUAAACCUCCAUCGGAGAACGGUUCAGACUCUGAACAAGAACUUUCACCAGAGACUCACAAAAAGUCACUAGAGAAAUUAAAAAAAAUAGACCCGGAUUUUUAUAACUUUCUCGAAGAAAAUGACGAAAACCUACUUAACUUUGAAACUGACUCUGGCGAUGAUGAUGAUAAUGAUGGUAAAGAUGAUGAGGAUCAGUUACAUGUACCUGGGCCCCUUACUGGUGACAGCGAUGAAAGUGAUUUUGAGGAUGAAGAUGCUAAAGUUGUUCAUGGAAAAAUAACUCUGAAAAUGGUUGCACAAUGGCAAUCAGAGCUUCAAGCUGAAGGCAAAGUAAAAUUAACUACUUUAACCACUGUCAUCAAAGUAUUUAACGCAGCUAUGAUUAGAGCCACAAGUGAGGAUGGUGCCUCUGUUGGAGAAUUUAAAGUUGAAGGUUCUUCAAUUUUCAAUGCAGUCAUACAAAUGUGUGUUUUAUACUUGCCUCCGGCAAUAAAAAAGUAUUUGGGUAUGGAACAAUCUGGUAAAGACCCUCAAAAGUGUAAACAUUUCAUUAAAAUUAAGGGUCCACUUGUGGCAUACCUUAAGGAUCUGUUAAAAUUGCUUAGUGGAGUGACUUCAGAAAAUAUUCUUACAGUACUUCUUAAGCAUUUACAUCAAAUGUCUGUCUACGUGGCAUGCUUUAACAGUAUAUCUAAAAGAGCAUUAAAAAAAUUAAUCUCACUUUGGAGUAAUAGUGAGGAGACAGUGAGGGUUUUGGCAUUUCUAUGCAUUUUGAGAAUAACAAGAAACCAACAAACAGCCCUCUUAGAUUUAGUUUUAAAAGCAAUGUAUCUGACAUAUGUUAAAAAUUGCAAAUUUGUGAGCCCCUCUACUUGGCCUGGAAUAAAUUUUAUGAGGAGGUCAUUAGUUGAAAUGUUCACAUUAGAUCUAAAUGUGUCAUAUCACCAUGUAUUUCUCUAUAUACGACAACUAGCAAUACAUUUGAGAAAUGCAAUUGUUGUUCAGAAAGUUGAGAAUCGGCAGGCAGUUUAUAACUGGCAGUUUGUAAAUUCUUUACAUUUGUGGGCCGAUUUAAUAUCUGCAUCAUCUAACAAGCCUCAGUUGCAACCAUUGCUGUAUCCUUUAGUCAUGGUUAUUACAAACUCGAUAAAACUGGUGCCAACCCAUCAAUAUUAUCCAUUGAGAUUCCAUUGUGUGGAGAUUCUCAUAAAUCUGUCAAAAGAAACUAAUACUUUCAUACCUAUACUGCCAUUUUUAGUAGAGGUUUUAACAUCAUAUGAUUUCAAUAAAAAGAAUAAAAAAGUUUCAAUGAAGCCAUUAGACUUCUCUUGUAUACUGAGAUUGGCUAAGUCACAAUUAAUGGAGAAUGGUUUCAAAGAUUCUGUCAUAGACAGAGUUUAUGGUCUGCUACUGGAAUAUAUGGCUAAUGAGUCACAUUCUAUUGCCUUCCCAGAUAUUUCACUAUUGGCAAUAAUACAGAUAAAACAAUUCUUGAAGUCAUGUUCUGUAUCAAAUUACACAAAGAGGAUGCGGCAACUUUUAGAAAAAAUCGAAGAAAAUUCUAGAUUUAUUGAAAAAGAAAGGGCUAAAAUAAGCUUUGCCUUAAAUGAGGAAAAAAUGGUGGCAGCAUGGGAAGCAAGUAUCAAAGCUAAGGGCACACCGUUGCUUACAUUCUUCGAGAAUUGGAAUAAGGUGAAUAAAAUACAAAAACGUAAGAAGGUGACCAAGAAUGAUGAAUUAGCUGGAGUAAUGCCAAUCAUCAAAAGGCCAAAGAUAGCCGAAAAUGAAGACAUAGCAAGUAAACCUGAGAAGAAAGGACCGUUGGUACUGUUCCCAUCUGAUGAUGAAGAUGAAGGGGAUGAUUUCAAACUUGACGAAGAAACUGAGAAGCCCAAGAAGAAGAAAUUGAAGAAGAAGGUUAAUAAGAAGAAAGAACAGAAAAAGAACAUAGAACCUGAAAUUGAUGUACCUGAUACUGAGGAUGUAGUACAGGAUUUAGGUGUCAAUGAUUGG